UCGAUCGGUCAACCAUUUUUUAUUUCUUCUCAUUUAAAAUCGAGCUCUACAAUGAUUUUUUUUUUCAUUUUUACUAAGAUUCUUGAUUAUUUUUAUUAUUCAAACUAAUUUUACUUUAUUCUUAUUUCAGUGAGAUUAGAGAUAUACUACUCUUGAGAAUAAAAAUACUCAAUUUUACAUAUAAUCAAUUAUGCAAAAUAAACGUCACCUAAAAGUAUACUUUCUCAUAAUUUUCCAACCCAAAUUCCUUUCCCUUCUCAUGAAUUCAUUCCUCCCUUGAAUGUUAUUUGUAUUAAUCAUAUGCACCCCACCCCGACCCACCCACCCACCAACCCACUCACUAGUUCGCUUACAAAAGCCUUUCCUCCUUGGUGCUGCUCCUCAUUUCUCUCACUACACACCAACAAAAAAGAAGUCUCUCUCUCUCUCUCAAGCAUAUACCUAUACCAUCACACACAACACACACCUUUCUCCUUUCCCAUACAAAAAGAAGUCCAAACUUUAGAGCAAAAAAUUAAAUCAAUAAAGACACAUGGGUGUUGAUGAUGAUUCAUGCCAAACCCGUCUGGUUCUAGGAUUGGGAAUUAGGAGCAGCGCAGAGAAUUCGAAGAAGUCAUUAUCAUCCUCGCCAUCUCUCACUCUCACCCUCUUCGGCGAAACCAUUAAUAAGAGGGUUGAUGUUUGCUCCAACGACAGCGCCGCGUCUUCUCUCUCCAACGCUAGUGUGAAGAGAGAGAGAGAGGUGGGCAGCGAGGAGGUUGAUGAAACAGAGAGAGUCUCAUCGAGGGGUAGCGACGAAGACGACGACGGAUCCAAUGGGAGGAAGAAACUUCGCCUUACCAAAGCUCAGUCUGCGCUUUUGGAGGAAAGCUUCAAGCACCACAGCACUCUCAAUCCUAAACAAAAGCAAGAUUUGGCGAUGGAGUUGAAGCUUAGGCCACGACAAGUUGAAGUUUGGUUCCAGAACAGAAGAGCCAGGACUAAGCUGAAGCAAACAGAAGUGGAGUGUGAGUUGUUGAAGAAAUGCUGCGAGACGCUGACCGAUGAGAACCGGCGUCUGCAGAAGGAGCUGCACGACCUCAAAUUAGCGCCGCCGCUCUACAUGAAGCUGCCGGCGGCGGCGACGCUCACCAUUUGCCCCACCUGCGAAAGGUUCAGCAGCAGCGGCGGCGGCCCUGCGGAAAACGCCACGAAGAGCCCUUUUGCUAAGCCGCACUUCUACAAUCACUUCACCAAUCCAUCGGCAGCGUGUUAGGAAAUAAAUGUUUAAUUUGUUGCAGAAUAUAUAUAUAUACAUAUAGUGUAUAUUGAUCCCACAAUUAACCCUGUUUUUUGGUUCGGUUAAGGGCAUGUAUUAAAAACUCUCAGUGUACGUAGCUUGUUAUAGAAAGUAGAUAAUUAAAUACUGAGUGUUAAUGAUGGUUUUUUUCUUUAUUCUAUUUUUGUCAAAUGGAUGUAUCCGUGUAUGUGUUUUAUAUAUAGAAUAUAGUGAAGGAAUUAUUGAC